CCUCUUCGCCCUCUGCGCCUCAGUGGCUCUUGCCGGCCCGCCGCCACUACUCGCAGCGCGUGCGCCCUCGGUCGUCAUGGGCGGCAUGGAGCAGAAGCUACUCGCAGCGCGUGCGCCCUCGGUCGUCAUGGGCGGCAUGGAGCAGAAGCUCACGCCGCUCGCGUCGGGCAACCGCGUCUCGCUGCAGCUCAGUGGGCCCACCGCUUCUCUCGAGCCGCUCGCGCAAUCAUGCGUCGGCAUGGCCCGGUCAGCGGGCCUGACGGGCAUCGUCUACAGCCUCGAGCGGCUAGCCCGACUCGAGAUUGUCGCGGAGGGCGGCCGCGAACACCUCGACGCUCUCGUCGACCACGCGUCGGCGGCGGCGGAUGUCGAGUGCAAGGUCGAGUGGCAGGCCCCGGUUGGCGGCUACGACGAGGCGUUUCCGCUCGUGACCCUCCGCCCGCAGAUGUCGGCGGUGCUCGGCGUCCACGGCGACAAGCGCACGCUCGACUACUACACCCGCCACCUGCAGGUGGAGGCGGUCUUCAAUCGCGGCCUCAAGCUCGCGUCCGAGCGCAAGGACCCGACGCUCCUCUCGCUCCGCCUCUCCGGCGCGCCCGCGCGCUGGCCUCUCGCUGCGCCGCGCGGCGGGGCGAUUCGGCCCGCCUCAAGUCCUUCGUGCGGUGGGCGCAGCGCGGGCCUCCGCUCGAGCGCGCCGAACGCGUGGUGGUGACAUGGAGCUAGGCGCAGUCGCACGCGGUGGGGGUGGCCCCAGCCUCUUGCGACGACAUUAGAGGUGUUGUUCCCCGUUUCUCUCGAGUUACGGCGUCUUUGAUGAAAAGAAGGGUUUC